AUGAGCCAUGACGCACAAGGCCGUCCAACGGUGCAGACUCAGGCGCCGAUUCAGGUCGUACGGCAGAAUGUCACAACUCAUGCAACCGCAGAUGCGAGUCAGCGUCGUCGACGCACUGAAGCGAACUUUGUCUGCCCUGUACCUGGAUGCGGGAGUACGUUUACUCGCCACUUCAACCUCAAGGGUCAUUUGCGGUCCCAUAAUGAAGAGCGGCCGUUCAAAUGUAAAUGGCCCGGAUGUGACAAGGGAUUCGCGCGGCAACACGACUGCAAACGUCAUGAGCAACUUCACUUGAAUAUCAGGCCGUAUACUUGCAACGGUUGUAAACGUACUUUCGCUCGUAUGGAUGCUCUCAACAGGCACUGUAAGCUCUCACUGUCCUACGAAUCGAUAAAGUGUCACUGA